AAAUAAAGAUCUGGAGUGGAGCAUGCUUCACUUGGUACUUGACUGAGCUCAAAACAUAAGCUCACCCACAAACUCUGACCAUAGAAACCAGAUAAGGACGGCAGAAACACCUAUAAAGUAUAAAUAAAGUCACAAUUUAUCCUCUUAUUUCUGUCACCUAUAAAGUUUUUUUCUUUUUCUUUUCCAAUCUGUUAUAUGGGCAAAUCACUUUCAUCAACCGCAACAAAACUUCAGGAACUUGCCAAGGUAGCCUCUUCAUCACCCGAUAGGCUGCAAAGAGCAAGACCAAAACACUCAAAGCCGCCACCUUUCUUGAGAAUUCGAUCAGAAACAACGAGGCCGAGUUCUGGGGUCCGAGUUGACUUGGAGCCAGUGAAGAAGCCAAUUAUGGAGGACAAUUGGGAGGGCCAAGAGAGGGUGCCACUGGCUCAGGUGGUUUCAGAUUGUGUUAAACGCUGGUUCCAAGACACGCUCAAAGAGGCCAAGAAGGGUGACACGUCAAUGCAGGUUCUUGUUGGGCAAAUGUACUUCAGUGGCUAUGGUGUGCCUAGAGAUGCCCAAAAGGGGCAUGCUUGGAUUAAUAGAGCUUCGAAGAGUCGAUCUUCAGCCUGGAAAGUCAGUGAUAAACCUCCAGGUUAUAAUGCAAGUGACUCAGAUUCUGAUGACUUAGAGGAUGAUACAAAAUGAGAUCAAUUUAUGCUCCAAUCCGAAUCUUCAAUUCCUAUUGGAUUCUUGGGCUGUGCCAGUUUUGUCAUCACAUUUCCCUUAUCUCCUAAAAAUUGUUGAGCCUGGCUAUAUCCCUUAUCUCCUAAAAAUUGUUUAAUUUAUUACUCUAGCCAUCUUUUCACCCACACUUUUCUUUCUGUGGCUAUUACUUCGAAUUUUGAGCUUUCAAUGGAAUUAAUUUUUCAUUUUCCUCAAGAGAACAUUCACAGGCACAUAAGAAGUAAUUUUAUGAAUUACUCUCUGGAUUUUGCAUUGUCUCGGAUCA